AUGAAAAAACUGGCUGAGGAUUUGGAAACUCUCUUUAGGUGCCCUUUCGACAUAGAUAUCUCUGCAAAGCAGGCAUAUAAUUUUCAAAAAUCUACACAUUGUCAUAUAUGUGAACAACCGUUCGAGCCUGAAGAUAAGAAAGUUAGAGAUCAUUUUCAUCUCCUCCCUUACAACAACAACUAUAGAGGUCCAUCCCAUGAGGGAUGUAACAUAAAUUAUCAGAAUAGUCAAGUGGUUCCUGUAGUCUUUCACAAUUUGUCCGGUCGAAUUGAUUUACUUCCUAUCACCAAAGAGAAGUAUAUUUCAUUCACCAAACAUAUCGAAGAUUAUCCCAUUCAUUUUCGAUUUAUUGAUAGUUUUCGUUUCAUGAACUCUCGUUUAAGCACAUUAGCAUCAUAUCUAGAAAAUUUUCCCAAUUUAAGAUCUCAGUUUGCUAAAUUAUCUGAAGAUCAUUACAAAUUAUUAACAAAGAAAGGAAUCAUGCCAUAUGACUACUUCGAUCCAUUUGAACGAUUUAAUGAAACAUGUUUACCUCCAAUUGAUGCAUUCUAUAAUAUAUUAGAAAACAAGCCAUGUUCACGUAGAAAGUACCUUCGUGCCCAGGAUAUUUGA